AGGUAAACAAGACGGCGGCCAGACGUUUCGCGACAUCCAAACACACCAGCCGUUCGAACGCGGUAAUAAGUGAAAUCGUAUCGGUAACAAUCGAAUAUUCGUUGAAAGCGUUUCGUUUUCCACGAUUCUUAAAUUAGUCGUUGCUCAACGGUGAUUCGCGUGCCGACGCGUGUUUUAACGCGUGUAUUGGUAACGCGUUCGUUUUCAUCUCGAAACAGAGAAAACCGAAAAUACACGGGGUUUGACGUAGAAAGCAGAGUUUCAAAGUAAGCAAGCAACCAAGGAAAAUCGAUCUCGUAUUUGUUUCUUUUUGCCUGUACACUCGAGGAACCGUGGCUCGAACUUCGACGGACUCUAGGAACAGCUCUAAUUUCGCCAAAUCACCUUGCGAUCUAAUUCUACGCGACCGUACGUCGUCGACGCGUUUCUCUUUCUGCGUAUUUUCUUGCUCAUUUUUCUUUUCCAAUUAAAAUGAGCCGUGAAGCGAUCCCGAGAAGAGCCGCGCUCUCGUUCACCGCACUCGGCGGUAUUUUGGACAUGGAUCAAAUUAUGGAAAGCGAUACGUGGCAUGAUAUCAACAGAUUCAUGCAACAGAAUUUCAGGCAACAAGUGUUGAACGAAUUGAGCCCGGAACGCGUCGCAGAAGGUGAUGAAUACAGCGGAAAAGAUCGAAAGACGUCAUCUUCCAGGAAACCUCGUGCAAAAGGAAAGAGUCGAGAGGACGAGAAAAAGUCGACGGAGACGAAAGAGGACGGAGGUCAAGGGUCGCAGGAAAAUGAAAAAAAUCAAGGGAAAAGGAAGAAGGGUGUUAGCCAGAAACGGAUGGUAGAUGGUAAAGGCAAAAAGGAAGGUAAACAAAGGAGCGUUCCGAAGGAAAAACCGAGUAAAACUUCAAAGGCGUCAAACAAUCGGCAGAAGGUUGAAAACGUUUUGAAACCGAACCCCAAGGUAAACUCAAUCUCGAAACCAACCAGGAAGAAGGCGGCAAGUGCCGCUAAAGAUAUGCAAGCCACAGGUACUGAAACUGUAAACGUAAUAACAAAUAAAAAUGAAACGAUGAUAACCACUUUGGGAAGCAUAAACUCGCAGCUGCCCGUCAAUACUAGCACGCCGAAGAGCAAACGCGCGCAAGUUAACGAUUCAAUAGGGGAAAAGGAAGCAGAAAAGAACGCAUCAGGGUUGAAAAAAGCUCCCUUCUCGACGGACGCUUCUUCCAAGAAAUGUCGUGCGACGGAGAUUUGUCCGAGAAAAGAUUUGAGUAAAAGGAGGGAUGAAGUUACAGUCGGGAAGAAGAAAAACACAAAUGCGUCCGUAAACUGCGAAACUGAGGAGACUAAAAGGAAAAAGGAAAAUAAAGAACCCGCAAGUUCGAACACGGGAAAACCACUGAAGUGUAGCAAGCAAGAGGAGAAAAACACCGAGACAGGUAAGAAGAAGAUCGGAAAGCACGAGCAACGGCUGAUCGAAAAGCGGAAAAGACGAGAGGAGAGAAAAAUCAGACGCCACGAGAGAAACGCGGAAAAAGCCAUGAAAGCAUUCGCGCAUCACGUAACGAAGAUUGUUACGAAAAUGGGAUACCUGCCAGACAGCGGUUCAUACCCGAUGGACGAUUCCGAUCUUUCCGACGAGUAUUUGAGCUUUUCCAACAGCUCGUGUUCCUGCUCCAGCACGUGUUCCAACUGCAGCUGCCAUCUGAAUAAAUCUUAGUUUCCAAAGAACCAACGAUACCGAGAAAUUUUAAAAACUUGACAAUUUUUAAUACAAGAACUUGGGCGUUCUAAUUCAACUUAUUUAAAUGAAACGAAAUACACGCGUGUACAGGUCAUGGAAUACAGAAGUUAAUGACUAAUCGAGCA